AAAAUCAUUCCUUUUUGACUCAAAAGACGCGUUUCUCACAUUUUUGGCGUUUCUUCUCUGGGUUUGUUUUGUCUCUGGACGAAGACGAUCACGGGUUUGUACCUCUUCGUGUGUACGCGUGUGUCUUGUUUUUUGCGAAGAGGGUUUGGAGUAUCGUUUUGUUUGUGUGGAUACGAAGGGAUUUUCUCGUGUUCUUCACUUGUUUGAAGGAUCUCGUUGUGCUUUUUGAUUGAUCCCAGAUUACGACUCGCGGUGUUACGCAUAGCAGGUUCCUGGCUUCUCUACUGUCAGGAGGGGCCUUGAGUCUUUGGAGUUACCACAGUAGAGAGAAACCCAGUGGGUGACUUUUGAAACCUCUUCUUUAUCGAGUGCUGCACAUUUUCGCUGUGAAGCUACAAUCAGAAGACAUGGGAAUAUUUUCACGCAGUUCAUUUAGUAGGAAAUCAAAAGAUGGAAUGAAGAUCAUCGCAACUGCAUUUUUUGGAGUAUCUUUCGGCUUUCUGAUUGGAAUAUCUUUUCCAUCAUUAUCAAUCACUAAGGUGAGUCUCCCAACAAACUUUCUUCCUUCAAACGAUCUCUCAUCUAUCGAGGAAAAGGGUUCGAAAAUUGCAACUCCAGAAAGUCAUAAAGCUUGGUCAUCAUCAAAGGGUAACGAUAGCAGCUCAUCCGUUCCAAUCGACAAAUCAAAGAUCUGGGUUCCUUCAAAUCCUCGUGGUGCUGAAAUGUUGCCACCGGGUAUGGUUGCUGCUGAAUCAGACUUCUAUUUGCGCAGAUUAUGGGGGUUACCGCAGGAGGAUUUGACGAGUGAACCAAGAUACCUCGCAACAUUUACAGUGGGUAUUAAUCAGAAAGCAAAUAUCGAUGCUUGUGUCAAGAAGUUUUCAGAAAACUUCACUAUUGUCCUGUUUCACUAUGACGGCCAAGUAACCGAGUGGGAUGAGUUUGAAUGGUCGAAGACUGCUAUACACAUUAGCGUGCGAAAGCAGACAAAAUGGUGGUAUGCAAAGAGGUUUUUGCACCCUGAUAUUGUAGCACGAUAUGAUUAUAUCUUCAUCUGGGAUGAAGACCUUGGAGUCGAGCAUUUUAAUGCAGAAGAGUACAUAAAAAUGGUAAAGAAACAUGGCCUGGAGAUUUCCCAACCUGGCUUGGAACCAAACCAGGGAUUAACGUGGCAGAUGACAAAGAGAAGGGGAGAUAUGGAAGUCCAUAAGAUAACAGAAGAAAGACCUGGAUGGUGCUCAGAUCCUCAUCUCCCUCCAUGUGCUGCAUUCGUUGAGAUCAUGGCUCCUGUAUUUUCAAGAAACGCCUGGCGAUGCGUGUGGCACGUGAUCCAGAAUGAUUUGGUUCACGGUUGGGGCCUUGACUUUGCACUCAGAAGAUGUGUUGAGCCUGCACAUGAGAAGAUAGGAGUAGUAGAUUCUCAGUGGGUCGUUCAUCAAUCUUUUCCUUCCCUUGGCAACCAAGGUGAGGCAACGGACGGGAAAGCGCCAUGGCAAGGGGUGAGGGAUAGAUGCAAAAAGGAAUGGACAAUGUUCCAGAGUAGAAUGGCUAACGCAGAGAAGGAUUAUUUCAAAUCUUACAAGAGGGCCAAAGACUCUAGAAACAGAAAGACAGUAACAGUAGCAAGAAGAAUGGGUCUUUCUCAUUACCCAACAGCGUCUGAAGGAGUAGUGCCAAUGCUGGUGAUGAACACAGUUGUUUCAGUGUCUGUCUUUAAGAACAUGGUAAGAUCUGUUCUCAACAUGGCGAGCUCUGAGACCAAUGAGGCAAGAAACAUAGAGGACGACCAAGAUCAUGAGGAUUCAAAAAGAAGAAGAAGAAUCUCUGUAACACACUUUGAAUCUGCUGAGAACAGAGGAAGCAAGCACGGGAGAGUCAGAGUAGCUAUGGAGUGUUGUGUGUGUCUGUGUGGGUUUAAAGAGGAGGAAGAGGUGAGUGAGUUAGUGUCCUGCAAGCAUUACUUUCACACUGCUUGCCUAGAUACAUGGUUUAGUAAUGACCACACCACUUGUCCUCUCUGCAGAUCCGUUCUAUAGUUAUGGAUCAUACUCUACUUUCCUUACAUGGCUUUUCACCAUUUUUUUUAAUGUUGUCUAGUUUCUAUUUUGGGAAACUCGUAUUCUGUUGUGUCCACUUUGUGGGUUUUGGAAGUCUUUUUUAAAACACUUAUUAGUUUUCAAGAAGAAACUUUUUUUUUUUUU